AUGGAACAGCAACAACAGCAACAAACUCCAUCGCUGGACGAUUGCUUGAAGCUAUUGAAAGGCGAGAGAGACGAGCAACGCCUUGCCGGUCUUCUUCUAGUGACCAAGUUUUGCAAAGGAGACGACGUCGUUGCUCUUUGUAAAGUUUACGAAGCAGUUGGUGUUCAAUUUCUCGACCGACUCUUAAGAACUGGUAUGGGUAAAGGGAGUACUAGUGGAGGAGACAAUAGGGACGUGUAUUUGCAGUUAUCAGUUACGGUUCUGGCUGCAUUCUGUCGUGUGCAUGAGAUUGCUGCAUCGAAAGAUAUGGUUUCCAAGAUUCCGUUGAUAGUGGAAAUAAUGCCAGUAUCAGGUUCGCCCGUUCUUGAAGAGUGCUAUGAGUUUUUAUAUCUGGUAACAACUUCGUGUGAGGAUGGAGCCACCACACUGUAUGAGUCUGGAGGCAUGAAAGUGCUAGCUUCUCAAAUUAGUUCCUUGCCUGAUGGUUCUCAUAUGAUGGAGCUGGCUAUGAAAAUUGUACAAUCUAUGCUAGGCAAACUGUCUCAGGAUGUUAUUACCAAUAGCUAUGUCUCAGAGCUAUCAACGGUGGUGGCUACAGUAGCAAGACAAUUUGCUGUGUUGCACAAUUCUCUGAAAUUUGAAGCACUUCAUCUACUCUCUGACAUCUUCUCAUCAAAGUAUUCGGAACCACUUUGUGAUGCAUUGCGUCUAAUGGCAGGCAACAAAUGGCCAGAUUAUGUGCGUGCUGGGAUUGCGGGCAUUUUACAGAAUCGUGUAGCACCUGCUGAAAAGCUUCAUGCCCUUAUUUUGGCUGAAUCUGUGAUAUCUAUAAUGGGGGAAGGCUGGCUGCUCGGUCAGCCAAACUUAACCGAUGUACCAGAAUCCAUACCAGCUGACCGGUGCUUGCUGCUUGUCUUGGAGUCGGCAAGGGUUGAAGUUGCUGUUUUGCUGAAUGACCUGGCCUAUUUGAAAUAUGAAGCUUCCAAGGAUACUUCGACAACUGCUGAAAAUAUUAUCUUAAAGCAACGAAAUGUGGCAAUUGCCUUUUCCUUGAUAGAGAGGAUAAUCAAAUUGACAUCGACCAUGGAUGGAGAUGAAGGGAAUAUUAUUGGUGAAAAAACUUUAAUCAAGAUGAUCAAUGGGAUUAACGAGACGAUUAAUGUCGUUCUAGAGUAUCUACAAGAUGCCAAGGAACAUGGGCAAAAGAAAGGAAAUGAUCUUCUUGCAUCUGUACGAGUGGUUGGGAGCUAUCUUGCAGAAACACCUGAUGCAUGCAGAGAAAAAGUUAGAGAGCUUUUGAGCUAUAUGCUGACAAUUGAAGGUGAAGAUGAACCAAGCCCCUUUCACUCUGUAUCUUUUCUACUUCCAAUGAUCUGUCAAAUUACAAUGGAGAUUGAAGGAUGUGAAGCUUUGAUUUGUUCUGGAGGAUACAAAGCUGUUACAGAAUGCCUUGUAAAGCUGAUUGGACCAAGUGGUAACAUGUUUGGAGAUAAUGAUUGCACCUUCUUGGCAUGUGAUACAAUAUUGAAUUUGCUGUUGAAGAAAGAACAGGUGCAAUUUCAAAUGGAUGAAUCAACCUUCAUUGAUCUUUUGAAAGCCUUAGGAUAUUGGGCAGGGGAUGCUAAUGACCUCUCUGUUAUUAUCAUGGCUUCAAGCAUUUGUGCUCUGAUAUUUGAUUAUGCAUCAGAGGAGGCUCUUCUAAAUCAUCCCAACUUCGACAGUAACACUCUGCAUAAACUAUAUAAAAUGAUUGCAAGAAGUUUGGCUUCUUGUAAGCAGGUUCUGAGUUCUGAGGUGAUGGAGCAGGACUCAGAUUUGAAGCUGCUGGCGAGCAAUGAAAAUAUCAAUCUUUUGUCCCGCAAGGCAGUGACCAGGUUAACCACAUAUGAAGUAAAAGUGGCCAAGUUUUUCAAGAGUGACUGUAUCGGAGCCGUUGGUUUCAAGAAGUCAGGAAAAGGAAAGAUACAGGAAAGGGAGGCAGCAGGUUUUGGAAGAGUAUUCGCUUGGGGUCAAGACACCAAGAGAAACAAAUCCAAGGUUCAACGAUCAUCUCUUUUACUGUUGAUAUUUUGA